AUCGUAAAAAUAGGAAAGCAUUUUGAUAUUGGAUCUGAUCAGCCUCGGGCCCUUGGCAGUUUUGGGCUGUUCACCCCAGCCCAGAACUGCAACAGGCCCAUUUUAUCGUCGUCUCCAAAAAUCUCAUCUCGUUUCAGACGAAAGUAACCGAAACCAACCUGCAGUUUCCCCACAGACGACAAUGGCGAUAGCGGCAGCAGUUGCUGCUGCCUCCGCUGCACUCUCGUCUUUGCACCUCUCUCGAAGACCGCGCUUCCGCACAAUCCCUCGCGUCACCUCCGAAUUCAACAUCUCCUUCGCGCCCUCUGCCAACCCCAAAAAUCCCAAACCCCUCAAGAGCCCUAGCCCCGACCUGGACGUUCAUCAAUACGGCCAACCUGACCCCCUCUUCAUCCCAUGGAUAGUCCGCGACGAGAACGGCAACCUCACUCUACAGACAACCCCGCCAGCGCGUUUCCUCCACGCAAUGGCCGAAUCCAAGACUCAGUUGGCGAAGAAGAAGACGACGACAAAGAUGAAGAAGAAGAAGGAGAAUUCGGGUAGUAAUUAUAAGGUAGCAGCCUCGGCGGAGCCAAAGUAUUCGAAGGCAGCGCGGAGGUUUUACAACCAGAACUUCCGGGAUCCGCCGCAGCGGCUCAGUAAAGUUCUUGCUGCUGCCGGAGUGGCAUCAAGACGGAACUGUGAAGAGCUUAUUUUUGGAGGCCAUGUUACUGUUAAUGGUUCUGUCUGCAGUACUCCUCAGACUAGAGUUGAUCCUGCUAGGGAUAUAAUUUAUGUUAAAGGAAACCGCAUUUCUAAGAAACUUCCGCCGAAGGUUUAUCUUGCUCUUUACAAACCAAAGGGGUACAUUUGCUCAAGUGGGGAGAAAGAGGACAAGUCUGUGAUGUGUCUAUUUGAUGAUUAUAUGAAGGGUUGGGAUAAAAGAAAUCCAGGACUACCAAAACCGCGACUGUUUACUGUUGGUCGUCUUGAUGUUGCUACGACUGGAUUGAUUAUUGUGACUAAUGAUGGAGAGUUUGCUCAAAAACUUUCACAUCCCUCAUCUAAGUUAUCGAAGGAAUAUAUUGCAGCUGUUGUUGGUGUAGUCAAUAAGCGUCACUUAAUAGACAUCAGUGAGGGAACUUUUGUCGAUGGUGUCCGUUGCGUCCCAGAUUCUGUGGAGCUAUUGCCGCGACAGCCUGAUAUAUUGAGACAUAGGCUUCGUAUUGUGGUUCAUGAAGGCAGAAAUCAUGAAGUUCGAGAACUUGUAAAAAAUGCUGGACUUCAGAUUCAUUCACUAAAGCGUGUUCGCAUAGGCGGUUUCAGGCUUCCUUCAGAUCUUGGGCUUGGGAAACAUGUUGAACUAAAGCAGAGUGAUCUCAGGGCUCUGGGUUGGAAGAUGUAGAAAAAAAGUUGCUUCAUGUUUUCUUUCUUCCCUUCCACCCAAAAAAAAAAAGGCAUUGUGAUUUGGCUGUUCAGCAAACAGGACAAUGGAAUGGAAGGCACCAGGAGAACAAUAUACUCUGUUUCGAAUCAAGAAUGGACAUUCAGAAAUGUUCUCGAGAGUCUCGUGGAUUUCCCUGUUUACAACAGAGGUUAAAAUGAAUAUUAUCUUAAUUAAUUAAUGGCAAAUUGUGUAGAGGUUCUGUUGUGUAAGUUUAGGAAAAUUCUCUUAGAUCUGGUCGGAUCAUGCAGGAACUUGAAAAAUUUAUGGGUUGGAGAUUAUGUUUUCGUGGAUAUUACAAUUGUAAAUAAAAACAUGCAGCUGUUGUUAUUCUUGUCAAGUACUAAAUGCUCAAAUGAUUAGAAUCAGAUACUGAAAUUUCGUUGCCAA